AAACCCGAGCGAGGGAAAGCCGGAGGUCUGUGAUAUGUACCUGUGGAUAUGCAGGGAACUGUCACACCUGUCUGAGGAUUAUAGAGUAGUAUAAUAACAAGUUACAUCUUUAAAGAAUGAACAGGAAGAAAGGAGACAAAGGGUUUGAAAGUCCACGUCCAUACAAACUAACCCACCAGGUAGUCUGCAUAAACAACAUAAAUUUUCAAAGAAGAUCUGUAAUCGGCUAUGUGGAGCUGACAGUAUUUCCCACUGUUGCAAACCUUAACAGGAUCAAGCUGAACAGUAAGCAGUGCCGCAUUUAUAGAGUGAGAGUGAAUGACCUCGAAGCAGCUUUCAUAUACAAUGACCCAACUUUGGAGAUUUGCCACAGUGAAGGAAAACAGCGAAAUCUUGCUCACUUCUCCAGCACCUACUCUGCUGCUGUCAGUGCUGUUGAUCCAGAUCUUGGAAAUGGAGAGCUGUGUAUAAAACUUCCAUUAGAGCUCUGGAAGCACGUGGAUGAAUUAAAAGUCCUAAAAAUACACAUUGAAUUUUCCUUGGAUCAGCCAAAGGGUGGUCUUCAUUUUGUGGUUCCAAAUGUGGAAGGCACAAUGGCAGAAAGAGGUGCUCAUGCCUUUACGUGGGGAUACCAGAAUUCUACAAGAUUCUGGUUUCCUUGUGUUGACUCAUUUUCUGAAUUAUGUACAUGGAAGCUGGAAUUCACAGUAGAUGCAGCUAUGGUAGCCAUUUCCAAUGGUGAUCUAAUAGAAAAUAUUUAUACACACGACAUGAGGAAGAAGACUUUCCAUUACAUGCUAACCAUACCAACUGCAGCUCCUAAUAUCUCUUUGGCCGUGGGACCUUUUGAAAUUUUGGUGGACCCAUACAUGCAUGAGGUCACUCAUUUUUGUUUACCUCAGCUACUUCCACUCUUAAAGCACACAACUUCUUACCUGCAUGAAAUCUUUGAAUUUUAUGAAGAAAUCCUUACAUGCCGAUACCCAUAUUCCUGUUUCAAGACAGUUUUUGUGGAUGAAGCUUAUGUUGAAGUAGCGUCUUACGCCUCCAUGAGCAUUUUUAGCACAAACCUUCUACACAGUGCUACAGUUAUAGAUCAGACCCCCCUCAGCAGGCGGUGCUUAGCUCAAGGUCUAGCCCAGCAGUUUUUUGGCUGUUUCAUAUCUAGAAUGUCAUGGUCAGAUGAGUGGGUCCUGAAAGGGAUAUCUGGUUACAUAUAUGGUCUUUGGAUGAAGAAGACAUUUGGUGUAAAUGAAUACAGACAUUGGAUAAAAGAGGAAUCAGAUAAGCUAGAAGAAUACGAGUUAACAACAGGAGGCGUUUUGUUACAUCCAACAUUCCCAACAGGCAAAGAAAAAGAAAGUCCAGCACUUCCUCUGCAUUUUUCAAUAAAGCAUCCUCACACAUUGUCAUGGGAGUAUUACAAGAUGUUCCAGUGUAAGGCUCAUCUCGUAAUGAGACUGAUUGAGAACCGUAUCAGUAUGGAGUUCAUGUUACAGGUGUUCAACAAAUUGUUGAGUUUGGCAAGCACUGCCUCUUCUCAGAAGUUCCAGUCUCAUAUGUGGAGUCAGAUGUUGGUUUCUACAUCAGGAUUUUUGAAAUCCAUCUCCAAUGUCUCUGGUAAAGACAUUCAGCCUUUAAUAAAACAGUGGGUAGAUCAAAGUGGAGUUGUGAAGUUUUAUGGUAGUUUUGCAUUCAACAGAAAAAGAAAUGUCUUGGAACUGGAAAUAAAACAAGAAUACUCCUCGCAGGGAACACAGAAGUAUGUGGGUCCUCUUAAAGUGACUGUUCAAGAGCUGGAUGGAUCAUUCAACCACACACUGCAAAUUGAAGAGAACAGUCUUAAACAUGACAUACCUUGCCAUUCCAAAAGCAGAAGAAACAAAAAAAAGAAAAUCCCUCUGAUGAAUGGAGAGGAGGUAGACAUGGAUCUGUCUGCCAUGGAUGCGGAUUCCCCAUUACUUUGGAUAAGGAUAGAUCCUGAUAUGUCUGUAUUGCGGAAAGUGGAGUUUGAACAAGCAGAUUUCAUGUGGCAGUAUCAGCUUCGUUAUGAGAGAGAUGUUGUUGCACAAGAAGAAGCCAUUCAUGCACUUGAGAUGUUUCCUACUCCUGCCUCUCGACUGGCUCUCACUGACAUCCUGGAACAAGAGCAGUGUUUUUACAAAGUCAGAAUGCAAGCUUGCUUUUGCCUUGCUAAGAUUGCCAAUGCAAUGGUGAGUACUUGGACAGGGCCACCAGCCAUGAAAUCGCUCUUCACUCGAAUGUUCUGCUGUAAAAGCUGUCCAAAUAUUGUGAAAACAAACAAUUUCUUGAAUUUCCAAAGUUAUUUUCUUCAAAAGACCAUGCCUGUUGCUAUGGCCUUGUUAAGAGAUGUGCAUAACCUCUGCCCAAAAGAAGUCUUAAUGUUCAUUUUAGACCUUAUAAAGUAUAACGACAACAGGAAAAAUAAGUUUUCAGAUAAUUACUAUCGUGGAAAACUGAUUAAUGCCCUUGCAAACUCUGUAACACCUGCGGUGAGUGUUAAUAAUGAAGUUCGAACUUUGGAUAACUUAAACCCUGAUGUGCGGCUAAUUCUGGAGGAAAUUACACGAUUUCUGAACAUGGAAAAACUUCUUCCGAGUUACAGACACACUAUUACAAUCAGCUGUCUAAAAGCAAUUAGAGUCCUUCAAAAGAAUGGUCACAUUCCAAGUGACCCAACCCUUUUCAAGUCAUAUGCAGAUUAUGGACACUUCAUAGACGUCCGGAUAGCAGCACUGGAAGCUGUUGUUGAUUACACACAAGUGGACAGAAGUGCUGAAGAACUGCAGUGGCUUCUUCAUAUGGUUGAAAAUGAUCCUGUACAUUAUGUAAGACACAAAAUCCUGAGUAUGCUCACAAAGAACCCUCCAUUUACUAAGACUAGUGAAUCUCCACUGUGCACUGAAGCCUUGGUGGACCAGCUCUGGAAAUUGAUGAAUUCAGGCACCUGCCAUGACUGGAGAUUGAGAUGUGGUGCAGUUGACCUUUAUCAUAUCCUCUUUGGAAUGGCUAGACCCUCAUGUCUCCCUCUACCAGAACUGGGACUUGUUCUUAAUCUUAAAGAGAAGAAAGCUGUGCUCAACCCUACUAUCAUUCCAGAAUCUCUGGGCAGCCAGGAGCCUAUCAUCAAUUCUAGUAUUCAUGGACCAUUGUCAGCAUUUCAGAAUAUUGAGCAUGAUCACCUGGUCAAGGAAUUGGCAUCUAGUAUUUCAGCACAUCAUCAAGGGGUGAAGAGAAAGAAUGAGACCCCACUCGGGUCCCCACUGGAGCCUGGUCAGGUACUGGAGAAGGAUGAGGACAACAGUAAAGUCAAACUGAAAAUCAGAUUCUCAAACUCCCAAGAAGAAGAAGAAAUUGACAUGGACACUGUUCAUGAUAGCCAAGCAUUUAUCUACCAUCAUCUAAAUAUGCUUGAAAGACCAUCAACACCAGGAAAAGACCCACCAUUACAGGAACCCGUUAUACAUUCAUUGCCACUUGUGCCUUUGUCAAGCUUUGUCAAAGAAUCAAACUCUUCAAAACACAGUGAUCACCACCACCACCAUCAUCACGAGCAUAAGAAAAAGAAGAAGAAGCAUAAACAUAAGCACAAACAUAAACAUAAGCAUGACAGCAAGGAAAAAGACAGAGAUUUCUUCACUUUCACUAAUAGUCCUGCUAGUGGUCGGUCUAUUCAUUCCCCUUCACUUUCAGACUGAAUAGCAGGGAAGCAGUUAGUCAUUCUUAGAGUAAACUUGUGUUCUCUCUCUCUUGCCCUGUGCAAUAGAACAGAUGGUGAAGAAUUGAGCUUUAAUUUCUAGCACUGUGGAAUGAAUCCAAAAGUCAAAGAGCUGUUUUGAUAAAUCUGGAUUCAGUUUUACUCAGUGUAUUAAAACUCAAGCUGGAACCAUUUAAAGCGAAGAGUUGGAACCAUUUAAUAUAGACUGUGUUGCUUUGAUUCCGGGAAAGAAGCAACAUUGCUGGCUGUUUACAGAUGCAUUAAACAACCUGUUCCUUACACUUCACAGAGUCUGCUGGCUUGUUUUUAUACAUCCAGCUUUCCAUAUGCGUUUUCAUGCUGACUUAAGUUUUAUAGCAAGUGAGGAUUACUCUUUGGCUAAGUGGAUUAGAUGGAAGCUUUCGCCAGACUUGUGGUAAGGCUAUUUCACUGAAAUGACUUCUGAAGACCUCAUCCUGAUCCCAGAGAAAGCACGGUUAUUCAAUAGGAGUUUUGUUUAACCUAGCAGUUGCAAAGUUUUGUUUUGUCAGUAAAAGAUUCAAUAUUUAAAGAACAACAAAAAUGUGCACUAUUACUUCAUUUCUCAGAAAUUUGAGGUAAACAUGUUUUACAAAAACUGUAUACUUGUAAUUUAUGUAAAUAUGUGGGGUACAAAAGUCAUGUACCUACACUGCAUUAUUUCAGCUAAAAUGACAAGUUGGUGAUAACUCUAUAUAGUAUUACUUAGAGUGCCAUGUUGUCACGGCUGCUAUAGCAACACUGCUAACACUGCCGCAGCAUGAGAUUUGGAGUGAGCCUAAGUUGUGAUAUGAGUUGUUUUAGAGGUAAAGCUGAUGACCCCCCCCACAGCAGUUUUCCUUGCUAUGUGAUGCAGACCUCUGAAAUUAUUCCAAAUGUUUUUCCUUGCUAUGUGAAUGCAGACCACUAAAAUUAUUCCAACUGUAUGAGAAUGAGACACGUGACUGCAGGUGAUAGAUAAUUCUCAAAUUAUGAGUUUCUGCUUUAUUAAAUGCACACCCAAAAUGAAUAUGGCUCUUAGGUGGCCUUAAUGGGAGAGGAAAAGUCAUACCAAGUUGUGGUUCUGGAUGACUUAGAAACACUGCACCCCUCCACUUUCUUACAGUCCUUGUAUACUGCUGUUUACAGCCUGUGAGGUUCUUGGGUCUGUUUUUGUCUUCUCCAGGGAACUGAAACAGUGGGACUGAACCAUAAAGCCAAGCAACCUCUGAGGAGAUUGUGGAAAGAUACUAUUGUGGUAACCCAAAAGUCUAGGGACAAAUUGACAGUAUUUGGUAAGGAAAAAUAAAAAGUACAUUUCAGAUAGUAGAAGAAAGAACCCCUGGAUGUUGUCUGCAGUAGAACAUUACAAAUGUUGGUAACAGAAUUCCUGUUAGCAGUGGCUAAGGCAGUGUUCCCCUCAUAAAAGGAAAUGCCCUCCUGCAUCUUGUUGAGUGUAGUCUUGAGCUGCCUAACUAAAGUUUCUGUAAUGAUAGAAACUUUAUUUUUUACUAUUUUGGAAAUAUUGAAGUAUUCUGACAUAAAUGACAGUGUAGCCACUUGGUAUGAAUGCAGCUGAAGCCUAAUAUUGUCAGAAAUGCAUUUCUGUGAUGCCAUCUUUUAAAAAUAAAACAUGAAGAAUGUUUUUAUAAACAUGUUUUAAACAUAUUUGUAUUGUAGGUGAGUGUUAUUUCUGUAGUGAAGUUUCCUAUCAUUUUCUACCAUCAAUGUACAGAAUAUUUUGAUAUUUUAGUUAUUUUAUUUGUAUGUUCUGUAUUUUCAGUGAUGUUUACAUUUCAUUGUAGUAUACUGUAUGUAUCUGUUUUUCUUCUAGGUUAUUUUGCUGUAUAUUGGUGCAUUACUUGUGUUUUUAAUCCUGUAAAUGACACUGAAUUUUUAUUACUGCUUUAAUCAUUUCAGCUUGGUUAUGAAUUAAAAUGAACCAAAUGAAGUUUUAAAUAUUUUAUUAAUAAAGUUCCGCAGAA